GGAUAAAUGUAUUUCAAAAUGAUCAAAUGCUGGACUAAUGCUGCCAUUUUCUUUAGGAAUUUAUUUUAACCGUCGGUACUACCAGUUUUCUGAACAUGCCCUUUUCCUCUGUCUUGUUCCUCUAUAAUUUUUCCCUAAUGUAAAACACAACAAUCUAUUUCGCAGGUUGAGUACUAUUUUAGUGAUUUGAACUUGGCCACCACCGAUCAUCUUAUGAGGUUCAUUAACAAGGAUCCUGAAGGAUAUGUGCCAUUAUCUGUUGUUGCAUCUUUUAAGAAGAUUAAAGCCCUCAUAACUACUCAUUCCCAGCUAGCUAGCGUUUUGCAGAACUCAUUGAAGCUUGUGGUUAGUGAAGAUGGAAAGAAAGUAAGACGCCAGCAUCCCCUAACUGAAUCAGAUAUGGAAGAGUUGCAAUCUCGUAUAGUUGUUGCUGAAAAUUUGCCCGAGGAUCACUGCCAUCAAAACCUUAUGAAAAUUUUCUCUGCUGUUGGGAGUGUGAAGACAAUCCGUACCUGUCAGCCUCAACCCUCUGGUUCUGGGGUAUCUUCAGCAUCUAGAUCAGCAAAAAGUGAUGGCUUGAGUUUUAGUAACAAGUUGCAUGCGUAUGUGGAAUAUGAAUCUGUUGAGCUUGCUGAGAAAGCAGUAGCAGAGCUGAAUGAUGAGGGAAAUUGGAGAAUUGGCCUGAGGGUCCGCCUAAUGCUUAGACGUGCUUCAAAACCUGCUCAUGCAAGAGGGAAAAAGGGCCAUGAUGGGGAAGGUCAUUAUGAGGAAGAUGAUGCUUCUACAUCUGAGCAGCAGUCAAAUGAGAAACAACAAGAAGACCCUUCUCGGUUGUCUGAUAUCCAUUCACAUGAGUAUCCCGGAGACGAGCAUUCCAAUGACAAAGAGUGUGGACAGAAAAAAGGGCGAAACAGGGGCCGAUGCAAAGGACGAGGGCGGGUUCAAUACCAUAAUAACCAUCAUAAUAGUCGUGGAAAUCAUGUGAGCACCCCCCCUUUAGCUUCAAGUAAUUUGGUCAGUGACGAGCAAGCAAGUGUGGCGAAGCAGGCCCCUGGUCCUCGUAUGCCAGAUGGCACAAGAGGAUUUGCUAUGGGUCGGGGGAAGCCAGUUUCUGUUAACACUGCAUGAUUAAUAUUUAUACUACACAAUCUUGUAACUCUGUGCAUUGGUAGAAUGUGGCACGGAGAUGUGUGCUUGAAGUGGUGUUUGGUGGCACGGUAUGUCAGGGACUGUCCAUCUAUGGUCGUUAGCUGUCCAUCUAUGGUCAUUAGUGAGUGUCGGGUGAUCACUUUCCUAUGGUUUUGUAUGUGGGUAUGGAUGAUGCAAAAUACGCAUAUCAGUUCUUUUAUUUUUAUUUUUUUGACUUUUCGGUUUUUAGCUUUGAUUGACGUAGUGAGUCUCGAUGACCAAUUUACCUAUAGAAUGAGUGAAGAAGCAAUAAAUCUUUGGGAAUUUUAGGGUAGCUCUCAUGUUGUAAUAUUUAACUCACUUAUUAAGAUUUUAAUGUUGGUUUUUAUGGUAUAACAUUGAGUUUUCGUUCA